GCCACCCUUCUGAACGUAAGCGUACACUACUACCCUAUGUUCCGUUUUGCGCUGUCAGUGGUGCUGUGUUGAAGCUUGUGACUGCACUGCUGCUCAGUAACAACAAACACGAAGAUGGCGGCCCGGAAUAUGCAAGCUGCAAGAUGCCCGACAGAUGAACUGUCGUUGACAAACUGCGCCGUGGUGAGCGAAAAAGACCUGCAGUCCGGACAGCAUGUCAUUGUCAAGACCACGCCUGGCCACAAGUUUGUCUUCACUGUAAAAACCCACCACAGUGUGGUGCCAGGCACUAUCGCCUUCAGUUUAGCACAGAGAAAAUGGGCUGGCCUUUCCAUCGGACAAGAUGUAGAAGUUGCCAGCUACAACUUUGACAAGUCCAAGCAGUGCGUGGGCAACAUCACUGUUGAGAUCGACUUCCUGCAAAAGAAGAGUGUGGACAGCAGCCCCUACGACUCAGAGAAGAUGGCCAAAGAGUUCAUCCAGCACUUCAACAGCCAGAGUUUCACCGUGGGGCAGCAGCUGGUAUUCAGUUUCUGUGACAAGGUGUUUGGCCUGCUAAUAAAGGACAUUGAGGCAAUGGACCCAAGCAUCCUCAAGGGGGAGCCAGCAUCCAGCAAGAAGCACAAGAUUGACAUAGGUCUGUUGCUGGGCAACAGUGAAGUGGUUUUUGAAAAGGCAGAGAGCUCCUCUCUUACCCUGGUUGGGAAGGCUAAGACCAGGGAAGCCCGCCAGUCCAUCAUCAACCCAGAUUGGAACUUUGAGAGGAUGGGCAUCGGUGGCCUGGACAAGGAGUUCUCCGACAUCUUCCGCAGAGCUUUCGCCUCCCGAGUCUUCCCUCCUGACAUAGUGGAGCAAAUGGGCUGUAAGCACGUGAAGGGCAUCCUGCUCUACGGUCCCCCAGGCUGUGGGAAGACCCUUAUGGCCCGACAGAUUGGUAAGAUGCUAAACGCCCGUGAGCCCAAAAUCGUCAAUGGGCCGGAGAUCCUCAACAAGUACGUGGGCGAGUCAGAGGCCAACAUCCGCAAGCUGUUCGCCGACGCUGAGGACGAGCAGAAGAGGCUGGGUGCCAACAGUGGCCUGCACAUAAUCAUCUUUGAUGAGAUCGAUGCCAUCUGCAAACAGCGAGGCAGUAUGGCUGGCAGCACAGGCGUCCACGACACAGUGGUCAACCAACUUCUGUCCAAAAUUGACGGCGUGGAGCAGCUGAACAACAUCCUGGUCAUAGGAAUGACUAACAGGCCUGAUCUCAUUGACGAAGCCUUAUUGAGACCUGGAAGGCUGGAGGUGAAGAUGGAGAUUGGCCUGCCAGACGAGAAAGGCCGGGUUCAGAUCUUGAACAUCCACACAGCCAAGAUGAGAGAGUUCAACCUGCUGUCUUCUGAUGUGGACGUGAAGGAGCUGGCUGCAGAGACCAAGAACUACAGUGGUGCCGAGCUGGAGGGCCUUGUCAGGGCCGCCCAGUCCACAGCCAUGAACCGUCACAUCAAGGCUAGUGCUAAGGUGGAGGUGGACAUGGAGAAGGCAGAGAAGCUGCAGGUCAGUCGAGAUGACUUCCUUGCCUCCCUGGACAAUGACAUCAAACCUGCCUUUGGCACAAACCAGGAGGACUACGCCAGCUACAUCAUGAACGGCAUCAUUAAGUGGGGUGACCCUGUGACCAGAGUCAUGGACGAUGGGGAGCUGCUGGUGCAGCAGACCAAAAACAGCGACCGUACACCCCUGGUAGCAGUACUACUCGAGGGUUCCCCUCAUAGUGGGAAGACAGCCCUGGCGGCCAAAAUUGCAGAGGAGUCCCAAUUCCCCUUUAUCAAGAUCUGCUCACCAGACAAGAUGAUAGGCCACUCCGAGAUCGCCAAAUGCCAGGCCAUCAAAAAGAUCUUCGAUGAUGCAUACAAGUCACAGCUGAGCUGUGUGGUGGUGGAUGACAUUGAGCGCCUGUUGGAUUAUGUCCCAAUUGGGCCCCGUUUUUCCAAUCUGGUCCUGCAAGCGUUGCUUGUCCUGCUGAAGAAAGCUCCUCCUCGGGGCCGAAAGUUGCUCAUCAUCGGAACGACGAGUCGCAAGGACGUCCUGCAAGAGAUGGAGAUGCUGGAUGCCUUUAGCACGACCAUCCACAUCCCCAACAUCUCCACUGGGGAUCACCUGGUGGAGGCCCUGGAGCUGCUGGGGAGCUUCCAGGACAAUGAGCGAGCCAUCAUCGCCAAGAAUGUGAAGGGCAAAAGGGUGUGGAUUGGCAUUAAGAAGCUUCUAAUGCUCAUCGAAAUGUCUCUGCAGAUGCACCCAGAGUACAGAGUCAGCAAGUUCCUGACACUGCUCACAGAAGAGGGAGCGUUGGACGACAUCAGAAUUUAACCCCCUUUCCACGGUGCAUUGCCCAGCAGAUGCAGUCAGUCAUGCGAUCGCAGCUUCUAUGACUAGAGCCAACGAAUCAGCAUCCACCCACCUGGGGGGAAACCGAGGCAACAGGAAGCAUCAUCAUACCCACCCACUCAGCCAGAGGGCGAAAGAGAGAGCGAGACUGUCAGUCUCCUCCUCUUUCCCCAGUCGCCAUUGGUCUGCAUGUUUUUACUGACCCCAAUCCUCUGUGACUCCAUUCGCAUAUUGAGUAAUGCAUAAACUAAGAUCUGAAUAAUCUUUGAAUAAUGCAUAAAUUAUGAUCUGAAUACAGUUCAGAUAUGUCUUGUCUUAAAGCAGUUUCGAAGGCAAGUUGUGUGCCUUGUACUCUGUGCUGCUAGCAUUGCAUUCUUGCUCCCUGUAUGCAUUUUACAUAUUGACAUAUAUACACUAUAUAAAUGCAAACCAGUAGAUAGAGCGAUGUGUGUUUUGCGCUCUCUGCAGCAUGCAUGCGCAUAGCUGUCAUGCAUUUGAUUUGUUUUUGUAUAUUGUAUAAAUAUAUAAAUAUGUAAAAUGCCUCAACUGUAAUCAUUCCAUGAGGUGAAGAUCCUAAAAGUCCUUCUUACUUUCUCUACUUGUCCUUCUGUGCUCGACUGAUUUUUAUGGAACUUAAAUUAAUCAAGUUGUGUAAUUGUGCAUUCGUGCACCAAGCCAGGUUGUUUUCAGAGAUUGAUAUUGGUUAUGUUUUGUCACCCUCCAAACGAAUAAAUGACGUGAGUAUCUGCGUUUUAGGUGUAUUUGUAUAGUCGUGUGGUCCUGUACCUUGUUGCAUGGAAAAGGGAGAAGUAUCUUCGGUCAAAAUUGCUGGGAUUGAUGGUAUGGGGCAGGGUGCAUGCUUCCUGUGUGGUCAGUGCUUGGUGUUCAGAUUGUCUCUCAGUAUUAAUGUGGUAUGUGCUUUGGUUGCCUUUCUGAGUUUCAGUAUCCUACUCUCUCCCACUAUAUAAACUGUACAGAAUGUGUCGGCAUGGAGAGACAGAGUGCUGUUUAUAUACCCACAAACUAGAGUCAGUUAAAACCACGGAUCACCUCACCUAGCCCCCCUUGAAGGUGUGGGGAGAGCUUUGUCAAUAUUAUUUAAACACAGCAGGGCUACUUAUUAGCCACCACCACCCCGUAUAGGAUAAAAUCCACCAGUGCAAAGACUAACCCCCCCCCCCCCAAGAGACUGGGACAGUCUGUUUGCCAGCUCUAAGCCACACCACUCUCCCAAACCCCUGACCCCGUGACCUCUCUCCACAACACAAAUGCAUAUAAUAAUCACGGAUUGUGAUCAAUAUCUAUGUGGUUUACUAGUUAUGACACUAAGUCAGUACUAUAUCGUGCCCUCUACGUUUCAGGUGUAUGUACCUAAUGGUGAUGGUGGUUCCUGCACUGAUAUUGUACAAUACUGUUGCUGUUUUCAUGUCUUGUCAAAACCUUGGGGAAAAAAAAACAAAACAAAGCCAGUCUGGCAACCUGAUGUAUACAUCUCUGCUGUAAACAUGUGCUUGUCAAAAGCUCUUUUCGUUAUCACUAUGAAGAUGUAUGGCAAGAUGUAGAUGUGUUAUUGUAAUAAAAGUACAAAUACAUCGAAGAA